CUGGCUGGGAAAGGAAGCAGCUGAGAAAAGUUCUGGACAGCAGCAACCUGUUGGUGCCCUGAGAUGGAGGGACUGGCUUGGUCUUCUCUCCCUCUCCUUCUCUUGCUUCUCUUCGCUCUGGUGGGAGGCGCCCCUCUUAAAGGGCCCCGCAGCCUAGAGGCAGUAUCCUCUGUCAAUAAGCUUUCUUAUCUGGAGUCUCCAACUGUGAAUUUGAAGACGGCGGGAGCACAUAAAAAGAAAAAAACUUUGUUUCGCAAUAUGGACAAUAUUUCUGAUGGGAAUUAUGAUAUAGUACAAAAAGGUGAAACUUUUAAUGUACAAGCCCAUUCUGCUGACACUUCAAGCAAGACUCACACGGCUACGGACAAUGGAAAUGAUUCAAAAGAACUUCUUGAUUUACAAGUUGCUCUCAAUGAUAUCACUGACCAAGAGAUAAACAUAGAUUCGAUAGUAGUUGAAGGCAGUGAUUUUCAAGUUAGAAGACAGUUCCAUCAGACAGUCACUGAGACGCCUGCCAAAUCCAAGUCAGGAGCCAGUUAUAAUUCUGAAACCAAAGAAACUUCCACAGACGAAGGAAUUCAGGACGAGCAAAGAGCAGAGGCUGCAGACCCGAUGGAAUACAUUAUCCUCUCUGUUAUAUCAGUCACUGGUUGGAUUAUAGUAAUAAUGCUCCUUCUGGAGAAAUUGGUUUCAUUACGUGUGAAAAAGAAACAGGACCAAUGUUUUUCAAAUCCCAGCACAUCCAAAGAGGAUGGCACUGCAAAAAUCAAACCUGCAGAAGCUGAGGCUGAAAUGACUGAACCAGACAGAAGAGCAAAUUCCCCGAUAUACCCGUAAAACCUGUUUUGGACCUUGGGGACCCUGGGUUUGGAAGCAGUAAGCCCAGAAGAAAGCCCACUUGUAUAAACACUUCUGCUUAAUGCUAUAUUCCACACAGCAGUCUUUGCAAGAUAUAAGCCAUUUGAGAAAGUCAUUCAAUUCUCCAUUUGUUAUGUUCACAGGGAAAGGCUUAGAAAAUAAACUCCUUUCUUUCCCCCCUUUCUGUCCU